CCCUCCCACUCGCCUGGGAUAGCACUAUAGCGGUGAGAGCUGUAUGUUGCAGAGGGACGGUCAUUGGCGAAAGACACAGUAAAUGCGAUUAAAGUUAGCCAUCGUGGCCAGACAACCAACACUGGAGAAACGCUGAAAAUGGCUGGCAAUGUUUCUGGGAUCGAAGAAUGAAGUGCCUGGGAACUUUUCUGGAAGUGUCGUACCUCUGUGAUUGUGUCUGUGUGCUCAGGAAGGCUUUUUUUGCAAAGUGAGACCAAUCAUUUUUCUUGAUUCCCUGGCUGACAGAGAGGGACGGAGCGAGCAAACCCCUCCAUUAGGACCUGAUAUAUUUCCCAAACAAUUUAGUGUAUUCAUGAGGCUACGCAAAUGUGGAGGCAGCAAAAUGACCGUAAUCAAUUGAAACAGUGAGUGUGCGUCGGUCCAUGGCUCUGAUUAUUUGGAGAUCAUCUAUCAGCCUGAUGUGUAUGUAACAAGGCUGUUGAGUUUCAGUGAUAAGUCCAUGAUCAUUGGGCAAGUGAGUUGGACAACGAUAAUCGGGCACCUUGGCAGGUGAGGCAAGCGCUCCCCGAACAUUAGGUAGGUGACUCUCUGGUCUGAAAGGUGCUGUUUUAAAACAAAGCCACACUGUUGAGACAACACAACGUGCAAUACUCUCUGUAAUCCUUGUUUUCUUCACCUGACAAAGGAAAAAAAGAAAGAAACAUUGAAGAGGAUAAGUUAGUAUGGAGGUCAGAUACAACCAAGAGCCUGAACCAGGGAUGGGGCUGAAGAACGGCAUAAAGGAUGGGAACGACGGCAAGGAUUCCCAGGGAAACCUUUCCAAAACCUUCCUAAAGGAUCAGCAGGAGUCCUUCUCGCCAUCUGGGACGGUGGAAAGCUGUGAGAAAAACCGGGGCACUGGGGACCCGGACUACUGCCGGAGAAUACUUGUCCGAGAUGCAAAGGGGUCUAUCCGAGAGAUCAUUCUGCCAAAGGGACUGGAUUUGGACCGUCCCAAACGAACCCGGACCUCUUUCACCGCAGAGCAACUCUAUCGUCUGGAGAUGGAGUUCCAGAGGUGCCAGUAUGUGGUUGGGAGGGAACGAACAGAACUGGCCCGCCAGCUAAAUCUAUCUGAAACGCAGGUUAAAGUUUGGUUCCAGAACCGACGCACAAAACAGAAAAAGGACCAGGGCAAAGAUUCAGAGCUGCGCUCGGUGGUGUCAGAGACGGCGGCCACCUGCAGUGUAUUGAGACUUCUGGAGCAGGGCCGGCUCCUCACGCCACCAGGCCUGCCGGGGCUCCUGCAGCACUGUGGCAACGGCUCCCUGGGUGCCGCCCUGCGAGGACCCUCCAUGGGCAUGGCCAGCAACGGAAGCAGCAGCAGCAGCAGUGGUGCCAGCUCAGGGACGGCCGGCGGCAGUCCCCCUCUACCUAUAGUGACGAGCUCAGGGACGGUGGCAGGCCUCCAGAGCUCCCCGUCAGCUCACGGCCUGUUCAGCUUCCCCAUGCCCUCUCUGCUUGGCAGCGUGGCCACCCGCAUGUCCUCCAACCCGCUCUCCAUGGCCGGCUCCCUGGCCGGGAACCUGCAAGAACUGUCUGCCCGCUAUCUGAGCUCUUCUGCUUUUGAACCUUACUCACGGACCAAUGGCAAGGAGAGUGUGGACAAGAACGUUUUGGAAUGAUGUUUUUCAAAGGAUUUUGAUUUGUUUUGUUGUUCUCCUUGUUUUUUAUUGUCUUGGUUUAGUUUGUUUGUUUCACCCUCUUCUGUCCUGUUUGUGUUGUGGUUGUUGUUCAUGUAAAUCCAACUGAUCAUUUGAUGCUUCUCAGAGGGAGGAAAACAAAAACAUACACGUAUACAUUUUAAUUCUUACUUAUGCACUAAAUUAAAAUUGAAUCUCCAAGUUCUGAAUUUCAAUACAAAUGAUCAGAGAAACAAAUAUCCAUGAGAUUUAUCUGCAAUAGUAAUCCCCAAAAAAGCACAGAAAAUGAGUCUGUUUAUGUUUGGGUAACACAUCACAAAUGUUGUACCUACUGGUAAUUGACACAUUACAUACAAAGCUUUUGAGUGGUUGGGUGUAACAUGAUGGUACCUUUUUUGAUUUAGUGUUUUAUUAUUUGCUUGUUUUGGGUAGACUUGUGUCACAGUGUGUAGACUUAGAGUUAUCAAGCACUACAGCUUGUGCAAUUCAGGUGACAGACUGUCAGUUCAGGACGGCCUGGUGAACUUGGAGUUAAUUUGGCCCUUUGUCAAAUAUGACAUUUCUGUUUACGGAAAUAUCGCAGGUCUCUUUUUCCAUUUGCAGAUACUCAUGAGGAACACAGGUAUUUAACAUGCAAAUGCCAUUUACA